GACGUCCAGCCUUCACUUUGCCUCCUCACAAAAGCAUUUUUUCCUCUCUACUGAUCGCUAGUGGCACCAUGUUCGGCUUUUUUAGCUCAGCUUCGUCUUUCUUUUAUUUCUUUUCUAACAUCUGUUUCGUUGUGUUCAUUAUUGCUGCAGCAGAUGCGGAGACUACAACGCCUUCCCCUGCUCCGGCUCCUUGUAGCCUGGCAUCAAACACAAGCUGUGAUGAAUGUCUGCAGAAUGUGGCUUGCUUGUGGUGCUCUUUGAACAAACAGUGCAUUGACUACCCAGUGAAGAACAUCCUGCCCCCCAGCAGUGUUUGCCCUCUGAAUGAUGCACGUUGGGGGGUUUGUUGGGUCAACUUCCAAAUAUUGAUUAUCACAAUGUCGGUGCUGGCUGGAGUCAUCAUCAUCGCCAUUCUCGUUUGCUGCUUCUGCUGCUGCAAGUGUGAGCGAAUUGGAAGCAGCAGAGAAGAUGCGCAGGUGGAGAGACAGACCCGAGCGAGGAAAGCCCGUCAGAAAGCCAGGAAAACCGAGAUCCAGAUGAGGCAUGAUGAAAUCAGGCACAAAUAUGGUAUAACAAAGGAGAAUCCAUAUGCCCGCAUGAAUGAUCAUUAGGAGGAAUGUCAGUGAAGAGGAUCUUAAUGGUGGCAGUAACAAUGAGACUUGCCUGUACAGAGUGUCUGUUGUUAAACUAUGAUCUUCUGAAUUAAUUUCACUUUGACGGAGUUAAGAAUGAAAACUUUCUCUUUGCUUAUCGUUUGUUUAUGGGAAAAUGCUUUCUAAUGUCUGGGCUUGAUUAAAAGG